CCCAUUCCACUCGCGCCAGUCUACAAUACCCCGCUCAGCUCCUCCGCUAAUUACCUUCCCACUCACUACGAGCCCGCAUUCCACCGGUCCACCCUCCCUCCACAGACAGCCUCGUCGAGAAGGCCUUCGAAACACUAUAUUCAUUACCACCCACACACUCUCUCCAACACCUUAGCACCUCCUCUGCCACCGUCAGCCGUGUCUGCUGCGUGAGCGGCAGCUUGCCUGGCCAUAAUGUCUGCAACUACUCCUGACUCUGACGUGCCAUCGUCGCCGGCCGAGUCUUCCGCCAGCGAGACUACCUCUCCCUUCGUCGAGUCGCCUCUAUCCCCCAAUCCUGCCUCUCCCUUCGUGCCCGCCCCAGCAAGUCACCUCGAUCGGCCUCAUAGCGCUGGCCGCGCCGUCUCUGCUGCUGCCUCCAUGACUCCUUCCAGUCACCCUCUGGGUGCCGUGAACGCCGCUAGACGGCCACCUCCAAUCUCGAGUAGGGGCACCGGUCUACAGAACAUGCCGCAAGACAUCCUGGCACGCCUUGAUGCUGUCCGCAAUCGUACUGGUCCUGGACCGGCGAGAGGGCCAGGAACACCAGGCUCGUUAAACAGUCCUGCACUAUCCUCUCCGGCUGCAGGCGGUCCCGGAGGUAUUCCCACAAACUUCAAAUUGCCAAUCGGCAUGUCAAGACCAACUGCGCCGAAUUUCCAGUCGGCUCCAGCUGUACCGAACCUGCGAUUAGGUGGCAACAAGCCUUCACUGGCGGAUCGAAGAGGAGGACUCAAGCUUCCGGGCGGCCUGCCUGGCUCUGGUCCGCCUACUCCAGGCGGUGCUGGUCCCGUUGGAGGUAGAAAGGGACCUGGUCUGAAGUUGUCCCAGAUGAAUGGUGGCGAGCAGCCCGAACAGUCAGGAGGCCGCUCCAACGAUCUCAAGAACUUUUCACAAUUCAUUGACGUCAAGUCUGGCAGUCUGAACUUCAAGGGCAAGGCUGUGCUGAACGCCGAGGGCGUCAAGUUUGCCGGUGGCACUCAGUUCAACAUCUCGCUGGACGAGGUGGAUACGCUGGAUGAGCUGGGAAAGGGCAACUACGGCACAGUCUACAAGGUGCGACACAGCCGGCCAAAGUUUAGGAGACCGGGGCUUGGACUGGCAGGAAACAAGCCUCUUCCGACAGAUCAACAGCCUGUCCCACCGUCCCCGACGACGACGACGACCAAGACCGGCGAGCUCGACUCGGGGGACAGUGCAGCUUCGGCAAAGGCCACAGCCGGCACUACUGGAGUCAUAAUGGCGAUGAAGGAGCUUCGACUGGAACUGGACGAUGCCAAGUUUGCCGCCAUCAUCAUGGAAUUGGACGUCCUGCAUCGCUGCGUAUCCCCGUACAUUAUCGACUUUUAUGGCGCCUUCUUCCAAGAGGGUGCGGUGUACAUCUGCAUCGAGUUCAUGGACGGUGGCUCAGUCGACAAGAUUUACCAUGACGGUGUGCCCGAGAAUAUAUUACGGAAGAUUGCGUACGCAGUGACGAAAGGACUGAAGUUUCUGAAAGAGGACCACAACAUCAUCCAUCGAGACGUCAAGCCGACAAACAUUCUGGUCAACACAAAAGGACACAUCAAGAUUUGCGACUUUGGUGUCAGCGGCAACCUGGUGGCGAGCAUUGCAAGAACAAACAUUGGCUGUCAGAGCUACAUGGCGCCCGAGCGAAUAUCGUCGGGCGGCAUUGCACAGGCAGGCGCAAACCCGGGCGGCGGCACGUACAGCGUGCAGAGCGACAUUUGGAGUCUGGGCCUGACGAUCAUCGAGUGUGCUCUGGGCGCCUAUCCCUAUCCCCCUGAAACGUACAAUAACAUUUUUAGCCAACUCAGCGCCAUUGUGGAUGGGGAACCGCCAGACCUUCCUGCCGAAGGCUUCUCUGAAGCAGCAAAAAACUUUGUCAGGGGCUGUCUCAACAAGAUCCCCAACCUACGACCCACCUACGCCAUGCUCCUCCAGCACGCCUGGCUCGCCCCGCUCGACAAGCCUGCUACCAUUACCGAAGCGGACGAGGAGGCAGAACAUCUCGCCGAAGAUGGCACCACCACCACCACCACCACCACCACCACCACCACCACCAUGACCACCGCUCCUUCAUCAGAGCCCACCGCCACAAAUGACACCACUUCCGAGUCAAACGCCGCCGCAGAUGACACCACCACCACCACCGCUCCCGAGUCAAACGCCGCCGUAGACGACACCACUCCCGAGUCAGACGCCGCCCCACAUGCCGGCGCCAUGGAAGAUGCCGAUGUGUUGGACAAGGAAGUCGCAGAUUGGGUCAAGGAGUGCCUCGAACGCAAGAAGAAUGGCACGCUAGGCAAGAAUAACCCAAAGAGCAAGGAGAAGCCCGCCCUGCACGCGGCACCACUUGACGCGGUGGGCAGCCCUGACGAGGCGGUGGUGGUCAAUGGCAGCGCAACGACGACAACAACAACGACGACGACGACGACGGACACUACUACCUGAUGGAUGUGCACACUAUUAUGGGCAGCUAUAUAAUGAUACCAAACCCACACAUUUAUUUUCCCUCAAAAACUUGACUGCCGCGGCGGCCUAGCUGCUGCUUGUAGUCCCAUCAUCAUCCCAUGUCCCAUGUCCCAUGUCUAGAUAUGAUUAGAUCAUGUACGUCCGCCCCCCAACCCUCCCAGUCCUCAGCCACUGCACGGUUGUUGUCGGUCUCAAUGGAUUGGCUGGCCACGACGACGGACCUGACAACUCACGACGACGUGUGUCGAAUUUCGCUCGACAGCCCCCUCCCCCCAACACCCAAAAACACACGGACCCUCUUUGUUUCAUGUUUACAGCGGUCAAUCCCUGCGCUGGACUGUACGAACAACGAAUGCGAAGAAGAAGAAGAAGAAGAAGAAGAAGAAGAGAAAAGCACGAGCACGAGCACUACACUACAGUAGCACUAGCACAACCGGCACAACUAGCAAUACU